UAUUCUUUAAGCAACUUUUAGUUCGAUUUGUGAUCGUCUCGUAGCAGCAGCUUUAGCUCAACGUUCGCCCGUCGUUAGAGCUGCUAUGAAUUCUACGGACAAUCAUCGGCGCGGAGUCGCUGUUGCCACCGCAUUGGGGACCUCCAAGUGGGACAUCCGCCAGACGGUGUGGGACUACAUGGAGCUUCACGACCUGGCGAACUUCCCCAGGCCCGUGCACCACAGAAUUCCAAACUUCAAGGGUUCGUAUCGCGCCGCGGGGAGGAUCGGAGACCUCGCAGCUUUCGCAGCGACCAGCGCCGUUAAGGUGGACCCCGAUAAGCCGCUAGAGGGCGUCCGACUCGCCGCCCUGGAGGCACGGAAGACCCUGCUGGUUCCCACGCCGAGACUCCGAUCCGGGCUGUUCAACCGGAUCGUUCCGCCCGCCGGUGCCUCCAAGGCCGACCUGCACCGGUGUGCCACCUCGCAGGGCGUGCGCGAGUUCAGCGUGCCGCUCGCGCUGGACGCCGGCGUGCGCGUCGACCUCGUGGUGGUCGGCUCCGUCGCCGUGUCCGAGAGAGGAUGGCGCAUCGGGAAGGGCGAGGGCUUUGCGGACAUGGAGUUCGCCAUGAUGGCGUGCACAGGCGCUGUGGAUGACGCCACGGUGGUGGUAACCUGCGUUCACGACUGCCAGGUGGUGGACAUCCCGGAGGAGCUGGUGGAAACUCAUGACCUGACGGUUGACUACAUCCUCACCCCGACGCGCGUCAUCAAAACCAACUGCAGCGCGCCCAAGCCUCGUGCAAUCAUCUGGUCCAAGAUCGACCGCGAGCUUCUGGCCCGGAUCCCCAUCCUGAACACUCUGCGGGCCCGGGAAGAGAGGCUGGGCCGGGACGUGUCGCUGAGGGACGCUCCCAGCCUUCACCGCACCGCAGCCUCUGCCGGAUCUCCGGACGAUCCUUCCGCUUCUCUCCACCGAGAAACCGUCGGCGUCGGCUCUGCCGGGACAGCGGCAGCGACCCGCGUGCGCCGGGCCGGUUCCGUUUCGGCAAGGGGGCGGCGUGGGGACGGGAGACACCACCGGGGAAGAGGAGGAGGAUGGGCGAGGCAGCCGAUUGGUGGAGGAGGAAGUGGUUGCGCCGUGCCGGAUCUGGCGAGGGGCCGGGGUGGUGGUGGGGGCGACGGAAUGUAACCUUCCGGUAACCUCGGGGCUUUAAUUUCUCACCCACAAUGUUCGGCGUCGCUGGUAGACUAGAGUCGGUGUUGCCGUGACUCGUCGUGCUGCAGCCCACCGCGGGAGGUGUAUACUUGACGUGGUGUUCCGGGCGUGGAAAUGACCCGGCCAGAUCCGGCUGAAGCGAAGCCCUGAUGAACCGGAUCCUGAAAGCAGCGAUCAGCAACGAGUGGAUGAUGAUGACGAUGGUGGGGGGGGGGGGGGGGGUUUUCACCAUUUGUGAAUUGUCGGGGCGGGGGCCGCACGUCAGGGGCCGCACUAAAGGCCACCAGGAGCUGCCGCCAGUGGCCCGCGGGCCUUGUGCCUCGUGGUCUCACGAUGCAUCCCACCCCUGCACACUCAACCGAUGUCAUUGUCUACAACAUCACGCACGCACGUGUGCUUACAUACACACUGCACUUGUAAAGCAUUCUGGGUAAUAAAAUAUGGCUAACGUCAGUGGCGAGUUGAUGUCUGAUCUGGUCCUCCUUAUAACGUAUGCUACAGGCCCCGCACCGGCACUGCCUGGAUGACUGUGGAGGCCUUUGGCAAUCUCUUGACAAGGGACGAUAUAUUAUUAAUAUUCAGAUAAUAACACUGCUGCGUACAGCACGUGAAGUGUGUUCAAAGCCGGUCUGUGCGUGGUUCCCUUCGUACAGAAAUAAAACUUUGGUUUCCGAUUUUUAUUGCCAAAUUA